UCAUAUAUUCUUCAAAAUUCCUUUAAUUUUAAACCGUUUAAAAUAAAUACUAUAUAAAAUUAUACGUUCUCUUCAAUCUCAUUGUUCCAUUACCAUAAGGCGGUUUACCGCGAACCCUCUUCUGUAAUUUUUCCCAAUUUUCUUAGGGUUCGUUUUCUCGGCAAAUUCAUUAAUCGAUUUAUUGGGGAAUGUUGGAAUGGUAUGAAUCUUCGUUAUGUUAAAGAAGCAAAGCACCACUGUUCGUUUCUUCUUCAACAAAGAUUUUUACCAUAACGAAAGUUUUCGGCUAUGGCGUUUUCAGCCCGUAAUGAUCCAUUUUCCAUGCAACUCCACGCUUUUCCCGGCGACCAACGCCGUUGCUUUCAGUCCAUCGGUAAAUUAGACGCGCUCGGAAACUACAAUGCCGGCGUCGGUGCCGGUGGAAACUGUAAAGAACCCGCUGCCGGCUUAAAUUUGAGUAUUAAAAGUUGCUUUGAGGAUUCGCGUAGAACCUGGGAUAAAAAAGCACGCGCCUUUGCUCCCCGGUUGGCGCGUGAUUUAGAAAUCAUUAGCUAUAACGAACCCCAAAAAGUAGCGGAGCCGACAACUGACACUCGCGGGGCGUAUCGAAGGGGGAACCCUCUUGACUUUUCCGACUACCCCUUGCGUAAUAAAAUCACGGUUGCCGUCGAUGUCGACGAAGUACUAGGAAACUUCGUUUCGGCUUUGAACAAAUUUAUAGCCGAUCGCUAUUCGUUGAAACGUUCAGUCUCCGAAUACCAUGUUUACGAGUUCUUCAAGAUAUGGAACUGUUCUCGUCAAGAAGCUGAUAUCCGUGUCCAUGAGUUCUUCAAGUCGUCAUAUUUCAAGAAAGGCAUCCACCCGAUCCCAGGUGCUCAGAGGGCGCUUCAUAGGUUAUCAAGAUUUUGUGACCUGUCUGUUGUAACGUCACGGCAAAAUGUCAUUAAGGACCAUACGAUCGAGUGGUUAGAGAAGUACUACCCUGGACUGUUCCAAGAGAUGCACUUUGGCAACCAUUUUGCUCUACACGGCAAGUCUAGACCUAAGUCAGAAAUAUGCCGUUUGUUAGGAGCCAAGAUUCUAAUUGAUGAUAAUCCCAGAUAUGCUGUUGAGUGUGCUCAAGUUGGAAUCAGAGUUCUGCUUUUUGAUUACAAGAACUCGUAUCCAUGGUGCAAGACAGAGUCAAUUGAUAAACAUCCUUUGGUGACUAGGGUAAAUAACUGGGAAGAAGCAGAGCAACAAAUAGCUGCUUGGAUUUUUAGUUCUACCAUCCCAUAGGAAGGGCUCUAUAGAGCCUUCCACUGCAUAUUAUUGUGCAUUGUUUCUUAUACCCGAAACAUUCGAUAGGCCAAAAAUGUUGGCUUAUUGGGUGAAUCAAACCAUAAGGAGACCAGCCAAACGGCGUCAUGCUAUGUUGGUUGACUGAGGACAAAACUGUAAGGUAUGUUGGUUAAAUAAUAAGCCAUUACUUAUAUUUCAUCUUUGACUAUGAAUACAAUGAUCAAUUUGAAGUUCAUGUCUUUGGAGAUAA